UGUUGUUGUUGAUGUUGGAGGAAAUUCGAAAGAAUAACGAACAGCUCAGCUGCUGAUCUCGAUGGCUUCAACAUUUGCUUUCUAAUGGAACUUCGCAGAACAGGUCCCAUGGAAAAUUUUUUAAAUGAUCUGGAAUGUAUAGCAGCUAAGUAUGGAAAUGUUACUGACGAAGAUGAUCCAGGAAAAUUCCUCAGUGAAUAUGAAGAUGAUUUACAAAAUGACAUUUCUUCUGAAGAUCAACUUGAUGAUUCCGAUUCUACUGAGGAUAGCUUCUCAACUACCUAUACUGAGGAAGAAGGACGUUUUCUUGCCAAGUUAAGGAAUUGCCUGAUUAAAAUGGAAAAAAGUGAACCACCUCCUCCACUUGAAGAGUAUCCCCGUGAUAUUUUGAUUGAAGAUGAUUGGGGUAAUGAAGAACCAAACCACGGCCCGUGUGAAGACUCACCUGCAGCUUUCCACAUCACUAAGCUCAGUGAUUGGUACCUCUCAGUAACGAAUCAGAAAUCUGUGAUUAUCAAUGGGAGACGGUGCAUUUCCAACAGUGACACAGUGAAGACUGAAGAUGAUGAUUGGCACACCACUGCCAUAAAGACGCGGAUUGGUAACAACCCCAAAAAACUUAUGACAAUUUCUGGGUCCAUUUAUCAUCUUGAAGAUGAAAUAAAUGAAAAAGCCAUGCAAGAAAAUAACUUCCCCAUGUCAGUCAUUGAGCGGUUCAGAUUUGGCUUUCCUAAAGACUGGCAAACUAUUAUAAAAGAUCUGCUUUUAAACUGCAGCACAAGGCAUUCAAUUGAUACAACAAAAGGAACAUCAGUGACAUAUUCAGACACAGAUGAACUAUCAGACUCUUUGGAGAGUUCAAGUCCUCCUAAGCGGACAGUGGAAAAUUGGAAAGACUCCCAUGAUGAAAACCCCAGAGAUCAAACUUUAGCACCAAAUAAAAGACGCAAACUGGAAUGGGAAGCAACGCCUGAUAUAAUAUUUGAUUUCCCAGCUGAAACAGUUUUUGCGAUACCUCAAUUUGCACAAUCGUGCACAGCUCUGGAUUCAGGCAGGGGAAAAGUCAAAGAUGAUGUGGAAAAAAACAAAGAUGAUGACCUUCUCAGCAAUUUUGCUGGUAAUAGAGAUUUGGGUGACAACUAUCUUUUCGACACUGAAAUCAAGAUGAAGAUAGCUGUGAAACACGAGGGCGGUGACACUAAUGAUCCAAAAUGUGGCAAUAUUGCCACAAAAAGAAGAAAGAAGUACAAGUUUUACACUGGUACUUAUAAGAAAAGAAAACAAAGGACAAUAAGUAGAAAGGACGUACCGGCGAAAAAGGACUUUACAAAAAUUGAAAGUAUGCCUAGCAGUAUCAAUGAAAAGAGAAGAGGCUCUGAUUUCAAGGAAACGUAUCCAGAGACAGAUUUCAAAGGAACUGAGAAAGCUGAUGAUGUCAAAGAACAAGCAGAUAUUGUUUUAAAGAAUGAUUCAAGACCAAAGCUGGAAAUUAGUUGUGAAAUGGACCACGAGACACUACCAAGUGGUUUGCAAGAAGGCAUUAGAAUUAAUGAAAAACAGAAUGACACCAAAAGGGAGGUAAAUACACUUCGUUUCCCCAAUAAAGGAGAGCAAAUAGAGGUUACGACAUGUGACAAAAUUUUGGCAAAUAAUCUUCUGGUUUAUAUACAGCCAAUAAAGAUGGAUGAUUAUAGAAAGAAAACCAGCGAAAAUUGCGUGUACUUAAGUGAUCCUCUAAUGCAAAUUGCCCAAUCUAACCCAAACAUAUCAAACAACGAACAGAAUAAAAGAAAUAGUAUCGAAAUCUCUGAAACAGUGCCUGGGAAAAUUUUAAUUCCAAAAAGUGCUAGAAAGGAAAUCAGUCAGUCUUUAAAAAUGCUACCAAAUAAAAAGAAAGAAGUACGUUUCGUUCCUGAGCCAGAGCUCAAUGCGCGUCGUGAAAAGAAAUUCAAGGAUAAAUCGUUUACUGGUUAUUAUUCACAAGUUAGAAAGAAUACUGAGAAAAAUGCUUCAUUGACAAAACAUAGUUUGGUUAGAAAUUACCAAAGACAUCCCUCUUACAAAACAAACCGGGUUGACCCAAUCAAUAAGUUAUCUCAGAUACAUUGUGCUACUGCCAAUCCAUCCGUCGGGAUAUUGAAGAGUCCAAGGGUUUACAUAGAGCCACUCAAGCUGCAAGGUUACAGAAGGAAAUCAAGCGAAAAAGAUGUAAACACAUUCGAUGGUCGAAAAAGUGAGUCAAGAGAAUCGUCUUUCCAAAGAAAUCGGUCUGAUCGUAUCACAAGAUUCUCUAAAACACCUCAUGCUAGUGUAAACAGGUCCGAUGUUAUUACCGAUUCGUCAGAUGAAGAUAUCUUACCCUGGGCUUCAGCACACCCAAAAGAGUUGUUACUAUCUCGAAGUAGAUCGCAAAGGCAAGCUAGACAACAAGAAAACGUACGUUCUCGAAGAGCAGCCCUGAGAAGGCUCUCUAAAAACCAGACUAAGAUGUGCGAUAAUGAUUUUGUUGAAAACCAGCCAAGAAUAACUGAAACAUUGUCCAUUGCACAUGAAGGUCACAUCGAGGGGGAUAUUGUGCAACACAGAAGAGCGAAUAGUCAAAGAAAUAGAUAUCCAAUUGAAACUCUUUCCUCCAGUGAUUCGUCUACUCAAAGUCCCGCAGCGGAUGUUCCUAAGAAUCCGGAUUUAUCAUACAACCGAAUGAGGACCUUGAGUAAAAUUAGAAGCCCCACAAUAAACAUUCCACAACAGCCAGACCUUGGAUUUGCCGGAAUAAUCAACACUAAUGAUAAUCGAAUGGAUCUGGGUCAUACUCCAAGAAAUCUGGAUCACUCGUCUAGCCGAGUAAGCAAGUUUCGUAGAGCAUGGAAUACCUUUGUCAAUGUACCUCAAUAUCCGGAUCCGGAAUCUCCAUUUGACCGAGUAGGGAGCCCUAAUCUAAAAAGUGGCAGAAGGUAUCAGCAAAUAUCUAAAUGCCCCUCGAUUCAAACACAAAGACCAACCAAGCAACAAAUUUCCCCGCAAGAAAAUUUUGUUAAAAGAAAAUAUAGAGACAAUUCGAUGACGUCCCCAAGAGACCUGACAGUUGCCCAUGGAAACCAGCAUGUCUCAGUUUUUGUUCCCUCUCGUAAAUUGUCGGUGCGUGCAGGAGAUUCAGAGGUGAUGGUAGGACAGCCAAGAGGUUCAUUAUCGAGUCACCAAAAGAAUUACUCGUCGCGUCCUCUAGGCUUAGAUCAUCAGCAAAGGGGUGAUUCUUGGAAGAAACGGUUAAAAUCAAGGGAAAGAAUAACUGGACGAUUGGUGAUGGAAGAGGAUUGGAUGGAUGACGAGAUGGAAAAGUUGAAAUUAGCUGUGUCUCGAUUUCAACCUGAUCGUCCAUAUUAUUGGCAGAAGAUAUCAGAUUUCGUAGAGUCGAGAAGUCCAGCUGAAUGUCAGAGAAAAUUUGAGCUGAUUCGAAAUCCUUGUAAAAGAGGGCCCGGACCUGUUAAAAAGAAAAUAAAGAAAGUUGUCCAUCCGCAAGUUGAAGCAGGGGCUAACUUCAGAGAUGUUGUCACUGCUGGAAGAGGAACGUUGAAGCGAAAGAAACAAAUGCGACAAUUCCUGGAAGCGCAAGAUCGAGAUUACGAGGAUGAUGUUUUCGAAUCAACGCCAUACAGAAAUCGAAAGAAGCGCAUCAAGCUGCCUAUUGACCCAAGCAAAUUCUCGAUGGUAUUCGACUCAGACGAUUUCUCAGACGGAAACAACAGCAUGUCAUCUUCGCCGGCAUUUUCGUCAUCAGAUUCUGAUAUAAGUUUGCCUGCUGCAAGCAUCCUAUGUUCUGCUGACAGGGACAAGGCCGAUGCAUACAUGCUGAGAUAUGAAAAAAUGCGCAAGAAGAUGCCACUCAAUGCCGAGAUGCGAAAUACAAAAGACCGCACAAAUACAAAGAAAAACCAAAACGGCGUGCUGGGCUUAAGUCCAUCUCAGGUCUUUUCUACCAAAGAAAAAUAUGAUAAUGAUGAAGACAGCUUAGAGAACGAUGACUACUUCGAAGAUGAAGAUUACAAUUAUUAAAGUUGAAGACUUGCAAGAAUCGCCGUUUGAAUAUAUUUAUUUAGAUGUGUUUUAGGGGCGUGGGUAGGAUUAUUCGGGGGUGGAAACUGAUGAUAAGGGGCACAAAAUACUCCGCUUACAUAAUGUUGAGCACCAAAGGGGCACAAUUCCUUCUGGAAUUAGGGUCUGAGAAGGACAAGACCCCUCGGUAGGGGCCAGAGGGCAAAGCACCAGAUGUCCCCAGGAGCCUGUUUGUGGCGAAACUUUCUUUCAAAUUCUAAAUCCAAUUUACAAGAAAUUCUCAUGUUUCUCGCAUAAAGUCUCUCCUACUGCCUAUUGCCAUGUUUUUUGGCUUGAAUACAUUUAAUAUUAUGUAUUUAUCAUUUCCUGUGAUAAAUUUUGCAUUAUCAUUUUACUUAAACUCCACUAAUGAUAUCUGUACAGAUCUAUUCGCUUACAAAUAUUAUAAUUUUGGCUUCGCUUCUGUUAAUUCGCUGAAGCGAAUAAAGGUGCUGAUAUUAACUAGUGAGUUGGAUUUCUUUGGAUAAUCCAUUCAUAAUAGGUCUUCCCAACAUGUUCCCCAAAUUCAUUAAGGACUGAAAAAUAAGAUAAUUAUCAAAGAACGUAUCUUGCAGACUGAAUUGUGACAGCCCACCCUCUUCUCUAUUCAAACGUGAAUGAGCACUUUUUGACCAACCCUGUGUUUUCAUUGUGACAUUUAUGCAGACAGUUUUUCCAACUUUACAAAUUGAUAUACAAGAAUCGACAAAUGAACAUCCCUGCUGAUAAAAACGUUACUUGCUAGGAAAAUUAGAUGUUGCUCUUUAUCGUUUUACUUUAUAUUUAUAUCUUAGUCUGUUUUACUCGUGCACAUAACAUAAAUAAAAAUCAUGAAUUUUAACUCAUAUUUUCAAAGGUUUGAAUCAAGAUAUUUUCUUUGUUUAAAGAGUCCAGAAUUGUAUGGUUUCAAGUACAUUUGAUAAAAUUAUUCCCUUUAAGUACAUUUGAUAGACCCCUUUCCGCUGUCCAUGGCCAUGCCUUGACUUUGGUAGCUCGAGGUAACAGUUCAAAGAUCCACGCUUUUUCAGUGAGCCAAAUUAUGAACAAGACUUGAUUUUGAACGCUGAAUCCCAAAGCGUUUGUAAGAGCCUCAAAAUUAGUCAAAAGUUAAGAACAAAUUAAGAACAAGCUGAGGCUGAGCUAAUUUAAAAUGCAAUUUCAAACAACGUUUUAUCUCCAAAACGAGGAAUUUUAGCCGUGUCUUGAUGACAUGUCACUUUUUUGGCAAACGGACCAGAACACCUCCACAGAGCGCAAUAGUAAUUGCACUGCUUGCACCAUAAUAAUUUAAAAACAGCCAGCUUGAACUGGUUUUUAUAAAAAGAUUGUUAAUUGCAAAAAUCAUGUCACACUGCCAAGGUAUAGCUUCAGUGCCAUCAGGCAAUAAAAACCGCAAGAAUUGAGAAAUGCUAAUGUACCAAUCCCAGAAUCAAGUUAUGUAAACUUGUAGCCUCUGCCCGAUGUUUUCUUACGUCAUUGCAGAUGACCCGGAAGAUUAUCAUGAGAAGAACUUCCGCUUUUGAAGUAGAAAGUGUUUUGUUCGCUCGAGUCCAAAAUAUUUGGAAGAGAUCGUGAAUGAGAAUGGAGGAAGCAAUUCAUGCAACGCUGCUCUUCUUAGUUUUAAUCACUGUUGCAAACUGUCAUUUUAUCGUGCCUGUACAGAAAGGCAUCAACGGAACAAACUGUGGGGAACUCCCAGUGCCCCCUGAGAACAGCAAAAUCGUCAAAGCUGUAAACGGCAGCUAUAAAGUUCUUUGCAACGAAGGUUUCUAUCGUGUUGGCUACCCAAAGUUGGUUUGUAACAAUGUGAAUGGCGAAUGGAAAGUAUCCGCAAUAUGUCGCA